CAACUAACGAAAAGGUUUGAGAGGGAAUUCGGACGUGUCACGUGACCGUAAAACGGCUGGAAUGUUGUGGCGCCUGUGUUCCAUCUAUGUUCUGAUCGUCGAGGCUGGUGAAGAUGCAUAUCCCAGACACAUCCCGCAAAUAUACUCCGGAGGAAAAGGAACAGCUGCUCCAGAAUCUUGAUAUUGAAGUCGAACACCGUGUUCGCCAACUCGAGGAAUGGCUUGCAGACGCACUCAAGAACUUUCGGCUUCACCAAGAAGGGCUCAUUGCCCGCAUUCCCAAACUCGUGCGCAGUGUGACCAUAGGCGAGUUUGCUGACACCUACAAUGGCGAUAUUCAAGCCUGUCUUCGUGGUCUCGUGGGCGGUGCUCCGCCAAACCUCGAGAUCGACCGUGAAACUCGCAAGCGCAAGUGGGAAGAGGCUAGUGAAGGUGAACGCGCCCUUAAGAAUGCAAGGACAAUGCAUAUCACUCCCAAGAAGAAGCCCCCUCCUACUAACACAGGAACUGCACAACGCGGCCGCACAUUCUCUGCGGCAGUCCCGCGUACCCCCGGGCAACUCCGUCCAACCUUCCGUUUACCCUCUGUCAGUCCGCAAAAACCAUCUGCCCUCCGAACAUCUCCCUCUAAAUUACAUGCUCCAUCGCCCCUCAAAGUUCUACCUUCACCUGGAAAAUCGAUGCCAUGGAAUGCCAAGCCACCAUCCCAGGCAAAGCGCCCACCCACCAGCGCAAUUUUCGCUCCAACUCUGCCCUCCAAGGUUCCCGCUUAUCCCACCCUCCGUGCACCCCGCCGCGACGAGAGCAUGCUUAGUCUCAACGGGUCUCCGCUGGCUAACCCAUAUAAGCUCGGCUUGGAGUGGUUCGCUACUGAAGAGGAAGAGGAGGGUAUUGAUGACAUGGACGUGAAAACCAAAGGCAAAGGAAAGGAGACACAAGUGGAUACACGAGGCGAAGGCAAGACUCUAAGACGCGUAAACAGCAUAGUCAUACGGCAUGAUCCAUCCGUCUCGCUCGUCCCCUCAUCCUCCACCUUCUCCCAAAGCCACUUACGAGCCAACUCUCAAACUCAAACUCAAAACCAUAACCACACGCACUCACAUACCAACUCACGCACGGCAGGUCGUGUCCCAGAGCCACCGGCGCCCAAACCUGCUACACCUUCUCUCAUGCCUUCCAACUCGCUCUCGUCCGUCCCUUCCUCGUCUUCGGCCCGCGCAGUUGUCGCGAUCUCAACCUCCGAUGGACACGUCCUCGAGUUCGACCCGCUGCAGACAUCGCCACGCGCACUUGAUGCACUUGUAGGCAUUACCGACAGCGCAAAGAAGCAAGCACGUGAGGAAAUGGGGCGCUUAGUACAGGCUGCGGUGAGUAAGUGGAGUAUCGCGUAGCACGGCCAAGUAGGCGCCUGCUUCACGUGUCAUCCGAGCUCGCGUCAGGUCUGCCGCCAAUUUGCGACGCUGUAUCGCACAUAUGGUAUUAUGUAUAAAUUUCCGAUUCUUUAUUCACCUCGCUAACGUACCUGUUGAACGCCCGACAUUCCAUUGCAUAUUCCACUUAUUUAUUUCGUAUGCCGAGCAUCGAUGUCAAGAUGUAGCGCUAGCAUAUAAACCUGUCGACACUAUUCACGGCGAGGGAAAAUAUAUUAUUUUGAAGACUGAAUAUGCUUGGUUUAGAUGGGCGACUCGCCCACCUCAGCGUCUGGAAAGUUGGAGGCUCAACUAACGGGCGGGCAGGGCCUUUGUAAUCGCACACGAC